AUGACCCAAAUCCUGUCAGAAUACUUGGAUCUGCUUGGGGCAUACAGUGAGAUCAAAGCUUCACAACUUCCCCCUCACCGUUCCUAUGACUGUGACAUUGAACUAUGGCCAGGCACCAUUCCCCAUAAGGACACCAAGAACAUCAAGGCAGAUGCUUUGUCAUGGCUUUAUGACUCCCUGCUGCACAGAUAUUCUGAGGACACAAUUCUUCCUUCAUCCUUGAUAGUCACACCCCUGAGAUGGGAGAUCAUGGACAAGAUUCAGCAUGCACAAAUUUCUGAUCCACCCCCAAACAUCUGUCACAGUGCUAGAACCUACGUUCCUGAGCAGGCGGCAGGGGAGGAUCACGGCGGCAGGGGAGGAUCACGAGGCGGCAGAGGAGGAUUCGGCAAUGCAUUUAAAUCAGACGUUGAUGAAAAUGGCAACAAUGAGGAUAGUUCCUACAAUGAAGGUUGGAAAGGAGGUGAAGGCCGAGGAAGAAGAGGUGGUGGUGGUUUCCGUGAUGGAGGAGGAGAUGAGCCUGGGAGAGGAGGCUUUGGAAGAGGAGGUUUCAGAGGCCGGAAUGAGGAAGUGUUUUCAAAAGCCUCAACAGCAGACAAUGUGGAUAAAGUUGCAGGUGAAAAUGCUGGUGAAAAUGCAGGACCCAAGGUUGUCUAUGUGCCCCCUCCACCUCCAGAAGAGGAGAGUUCCAUAUUUGCCCAUUAUGCCACAGGCAUCAAUUUUGACAAGUAUGAUGAUAUCCUUGUGGAUGUGAGUGGAUGCAAUCCUCCAAAAGCAAUUAUGACUUUUGAUGAAGCGGCACUUUGUGAUUCACUACGCAAGAAUAUUACGAAGUCUGGAUAUGUGAAACCCACUCCUGUCCAGAAACAUGGCAUUCCCAUUAUUUCAGCAGGAAGAGAUCUUAUGGCUUGUGCUCAGACUGGAUCAGGGAAAACGGCUGCCUUCCUGCUGCCCAUCCUACAGCAGUUCAUGACUGAUGGAGUAGCAGCCAGUAAAUUCAGUGAGGUUCAGGAGCCUGAAGCCAUUAUUGUGGCCCCCACAAGAGAGCUCAUCAACCAGAUCUACCUGGAUGCCAGGAAGUUUGCAUUCGGGACUUGUGUGCGUCCUGUGGUUGUUUAUGGUGGUAUAAACACGGGAUACACUAUUCGAGAAGUGUUAAAGGGUUGCAAUAUUUUGUGUGGGACCCCUGGAAGACUACUCGACAUCAUUGGUCGUGGAAAGGUUGGCUUGAGUAAGGUGCGGUACUUGGUUCUGGAUGAAGCAGACAGGAUGCUGGACAUGGGCUUUGAGCCAGACAUGCGUAAACUGGUGGGAUCUCCUGGAAUGCCUUCAAAAGAAGAUAGGCAAACCCUCAUGUUCAGUGCCACCUACCCUGAAGAUAUUCAAAGGCUGGCAGCAGAUUUUUUGAAAGUGGACUACAUUUUUCUUGCUGUUGGUGUGGUGGGUGGAGCAUGCAGUGAUGUGGAACAAAAAAUCAUUCUGGUGAACCAGUACUCCAAGAGAGAGCAACUGCUUGAACUGCUCAAAGUUACAGGGAAUGAGCGAACGAUGAUCUUUGUUGAAACCAAAAGAAGUGCCGAUUUCAUAGCAACAUUUCUGUGUCAGGAGAAGAUCCCUACAACAAGCAUCCAUGGCGAUCGGGAACAGAGAGAGCGUGAGAAAGCUCUACGUGAUUUCCGCACAGGCCAGUGUCCGGUGCUGGUUGCCACGUCUGUCGCUGCCAGAGGACUUGACAUUGAGCACGUCCAGCACGUGGUGAAUUUCGACCUGCCCAGCAGUAUUGAUGAAUAUGUGCAUCGCAUUGGUAGAACCGGCCGCUGUGGAAACCUCGGACGGGCCAUAUCCUUCUUUGACCCGGAGCCUGACACACCAUUAGCUCGCUCUCUGGUCAAAGUUCUCUCAGGGGCCCAGCAAGAAGUUCCAAAAUGGCUGGAGGAAAUCGCAUUCAGUGCUCACGGAACAACAGGAUUCAACCCACGUGGAAAAGUAUUUGCUUCUACAGACACUCGGAAGGGAGGAUCAUUCAAGACUGAAGAGCCUCCACAAACAUCCACUCAGAGCUCUGCAGCCGCAGAUGAUGAAGAAUGGGAAUAACUGCUCUUCUGCAUUUUCUUUUAUCUCUUUCUAGUUUUUCUUGUUUGUGAGUUUACUCAUGACUUUAAGAUGUUUGUUGAAGUGUUUGCAUCAAGGUAAAUCCAUUGCAUUUGAAAAGUCACAUUAUGAAAGAUGUAGGUGUAAUCUGAAGGAUAUAAUAUUCAUCAAGACAUACCUUUUAGCUGUUUGCUUUACACAUUUUCUUUAUUUGGUAAUAUUUAUACCACUUGUUUUGACUAGAGCACAACUGGAUUAGUGGAUUUUUUUCACAUUUGCGUGUUUUAGCUAAGAGCAUAUUGAGUUUAAGCAUUUACCUGAAGCUCUUAACUACAGUAGUACCUUAUCUGUUCUGUUGUUAAAUGUGACAAGUAUCCGGGUUUUGUUUUUCCUGAUCUAUUUGACCUAAAUGGCUGAAGUACAUGACAAGUAAAAAUAAAAAAACUUGUUUCGCUUAUGUCCUGUCAAAUAAAGGUAAAUAAAGUGGUUAUUUAUCAAACUUCUGUUUUAAACCUCUGACAAGAAUUUCCAUUUAUUAUAAGAGUGCGUGUACCUUGGCUCAUGAAUAUUAAGAACAUGGAGAUUUUGACGAACAUCUACCAGUGUAACAUGAUUUACGGAGUAUAAUCAAAUUACUUUAUG